AUGAAACUGCUGGAAUUCAUUAACGACAUCGUUCGAGAUCAACUAUAUGGUGUCGUCAUCAAUAACCAAUAUGUAAUUGAAUUCCAAAAGAGGGGUCUACCACACGCCCAUAUCGUCGUCACAUUCCAUGAAGAUGACAAAUUGAAGGAUGUUGAAAUGGUCGACCGAAUCAUCAAUGCCUAUAUUCCAGAUAGAGAAAAUCAACCCCUACUCUAUCAGCGAGUUGCGGAUUUUCAUCUGCACCCUCCAUGUGGCCGCAUCAAUCCGGAAACUCCCUGUAUGGCAGAUGGUAAAUGUACCAAGUAUUACCCUAAAUCAUUCAGAGAAAAGACCUCAUUAUCUGUUGGUCGUAAUACGAGACCUGAAUAUAGAAGACCUGCCGAUGGCAGAGAGAUUUUUGUAGCUAAGUAG